AAACCGGCCGUGCCCGCUUGUUGCCUGACGUCUGGACGAGCAUUAUACAUGAGGAGCUCUGCAGAGGGAAGUCCAUCAUAGACAUGAAAAUAGAGGCCAGGCCUGUUUGAGGUUUUGGAAACAUGUCCAAGAAAAGGGGCAGCAGGAAGCGCAGCAGCGGCGAGCUGAGCGACAGUCUCACCCCAGAUCCCAACAACCUGCUGGGCCGACGGAUCCAACACAGCUGGAGGGAGAAGGGCGCGCUGACCAAGUGGAAGGGCACCGUGCUGGACCGCCUCAGCGUCAACUCCUCCCUGUUCAUGGUCAAAUACGACGGAUUCGAUUGCGUCUAUGGCAUCGAGCUCUUUAAGGACGAGAGGGUUUCCAACCUGCAAGUUCUUACAGAGAAAGUGGUGAACAACAAGAUCAAGGUUCCUCACGACGCAGAGGAGCUGGUGGGAAAAGCGGUGGAGCAUCUGUUUGAGAAGGAGGACGGAGAGAAGAACGAAUGGAGGGGGAUGGUCCUGUCCCGAGCGCCCAUCAUGACCAACUGGUACUACAUCACAUAUGAGAAGGACCCCGUGCUCUACAUGUACCAGCUCUGGGACGACUACAAAGACGGAGACCUCCGGAUUUUACCUGAAGCAGAGAAUAAACACCUGCUGCCUGCAGACAGGAAGCCCGGUGAGGAAACAGAGAGCCUUGUGGGUAAGCAGGUGGAGUAUGUGACGGAUAAAGGUGUGAAGAGAACAGGCCUCGUCAUCUACCAAGUUCCCGCCAAGCCGUCUGUCUACUACAUCAAAUACGAUGACGAUUUCCACAUCCACGUGUACGACCUGGUCAAGACCACCUAAAAAACAGACAAAACAUAGAAACCCAAAACAAACCCACACUGCUUCACCUCCUCAUAGCUUAAGCAUCAUCGCGUCUCAUUGUACAGUCUGCCAUGCCUCGCCACGAAGGGCUGGCCGCCGAGGUGCUGUAUGAAGCGUCCAUGUACAGGGUUUGUUAUUUUGUGUUGAUGUCACAGCUUAGGGAGACGAUUUUUACAACUGUCAUAUCAAAACAGUGUAUUUAUACGUGUGUGUCGGGCGUCAUUUGAUAUGUUUAUAAUCCCAUGGAAUAGCGUAAACCCCGCUAAAGGUUGCAUUUUCGUAUGUGCGAAUGUUCAAGGAGUUUCUUGGUUUUGAAUUGUAAAUAGUUCUGACUGCAGGUCAAAAAAACAUUUGAUUAUGAAUCAUACUGUUAGACUCUUUAACUGACCUAUUUAUUGAAUUAAUAUGCUUCGUAACCCAGAAAUGCUGUUGAAACCUUUUGAGUUGGCGUUAUGCGACACAUAUUUUGACUCUUUUAGUUGCGUUUCCCCCCCACAUCAGAUCACAUCUGCAAUGAAACAAAAGUGUUUCAGCUUUCCGCCAUCUUCAAAAGGUGGUUUAUGAUUUUAAAAGCAAGAAUCCGUUCAGUAAAGGCACCAAGCUAGGACUCAGUCUUGUUUUGAACCGAUAUAGCGUAGAGGAAGCACGAUUGGUGGUUUUUGAAAUGGUUUUCUACAACGAUUUAUCCUCGGAGGAGUAUUAAAUACAGAAGUCCAGACACUGAGCGACAUGAGUGUCAUUGAAGAGGGUCGCCUGUUUUGUCCUGUCUGAAAUCAUUCAUGCUUUAUUAUAUUGUUGUUGACUAGAGCACUUGUUUCUAAACACCAAACCAACCAGCUGCGAUUUUGAAUGUCAAGCACAGCAAAAAUCAAAGCAGUCUCCUUUUGAUUGUAGUAAAGAUGACCAAUGCAAUUUUAAUUGCUCAACAAUAUCUAUCAUUUAUCGGAAAAAUAAGAGUUUGUUAUGUAGCCCAGUUGAUUUGAAGUUUAGUAUGCCUCGGUUUAAAAACAAAGACAAAAAACAAAUCCAAUCCAGCAGGCUGGAUAGAUCUGUUAGACCUCAACAAACAUCAUAACGUCUUCUGUGUUGCCUCACUGUGAAAUCAAUUUUUUUUUUUCAAAUUCACUAUAAUAACGCUCAUGUUUUUGUCCCAGUUGAUCUAAGCAGAGCUUCAUGAUAAAGUAGGAACGAGGAGCGUUUUUUGUUGUGUUCAUAUGUAUUUCCCAUUGUGCAUAUGUGUCAGAUCAACUUAAUCUUCAUCAUCACAGCCCUUUAAAGUUAUAAAACUAUUCUUGCAUGGCUUAUGUUUUGUUGUAACUAAUGCACAUGAGCGUGAUAAUUGGCCACCUGUUCAUGUAGCUGAAUAGGCCUUUUUUGCUUGUAGCAUUUGCACUUUAUUCUUAGGCUGUCAUGUGUAGCUCGAAAGUGUCUCGCGGGAAGAUUAAAGAUUAAAAACACAGUCUGAAAUUAAUUUAGUUCAUUUCAGCUACAAAAAAAGUGUCUUGCCUGAUUGGCAUCACUAAAAUGAAAUAUAUAGGAAAGCAUCAAAACGAUUUGAACUGAACUGAAACUGUAUUCGUUUGUUUUGAAUAUGACCAUAGAUGUCCAAGAAGCUUUAUGUAACUAUAUACAUAUGUAUUAUUAGAAUAUUAUAAACCCAGUCCCAUAUUUACCUUUCCUUUUUUUCUUUUUUUUUUUAUUAAUUCAUUUGAUCACACAACAUUUAUCAACUACUUACAAUUGACUUGUAUAUAAUUGUUUUAAAAGGUUUUGGUUGUGUAAAUGUAAUGCAUACAAAUGGGGAUUUCAUAUGUAAAUGUUGGAUGUUCAGCUCUGCUCUCUGAAGUGUAUUUGCUGAACUGUUCCUGCCGUGGUUUGCAUGUCUGUCUCAGACAGAGCGACAGUUUUUGAAUUCCUCCUGUACAUUAGCGCUUCACACAGAUUCAUCAGUUGUUUAUUGUGUUAAUUCUAGUUAGAUAUUCAGUAUGUCAUUAUCAAAACACAUUGCGGGUUUAAUUUAUUUGUAUUUUUUUUUGUUUCUCCUGACACAGUAAAUCUUUUGGGCAACCCAGUGUGGGAUUACAGGAAAGUAUUGUUCAGUGAAAUGCACAUUUCUGUAAAUGAAUUGCUCUAUUUUCAGCUGUGCAUAUGGAUUGAGUUUCUGGUCCAUUUGCCAUCACAUCAGGUGGAUUCUUCUCUGUAUAUUCUCCGUUGUGCUUUAAAAACACUUGUACUAUAUUUCUGCUUUCCCUGUAUACAUAAGGUUUGGUGAUUUCAAGCCAUUUGAAAUGUUCAUGAUUUCAUGACCCUCAGCAGGCUUCUGCGGUUUUUCUUUCUCCUAACUGUGAACAAGUAAUUCUCUCUGGCUUCUUUGUAAAUGUGUUUUAUCGUGUGGUCUGCAAGCUUCUGCCGGUUUCUCUGGUUCCUUAAUUUCAUAAUUUUCUUCGCUGCUUUUUACCAAAGUUGUUUCAGUAGGUGACGCUGAGGAGUGUCAAACUAUUCAUCCUGUCUGUUUGUGUAAUGAUGUUAUCGUAAAUAAUAAGAGAUAUUUUUUGCACAGAAAA